AUGAUAUUAAAAGGGAUAAAUAAUGCAAUCAAUGAAUUAGAUAAAUCGAAUGUAGCAUUUAUUAGUGAACUAAUUUUAGCUGAAAUGGAAUUUUUUUCACCAUGUGUACCGCCAACUGAUCAUUAUAAAUUAGAGUUUAAUCAUCGUGAUUUAAUAACCAUACGUGGUCGUGUCUACGAUAGAAUGAAAUAUUUUAGUUAUAAACAAAAAGUGGGAGUGGAAUGUGUAUUACCGGAACCGUCGGACAUACAAGAAGAUGAUAUUGAAAGUUUUCAUCCAAUAAAACCGACUGUUGGAAAGAUUUAUUUAGCUUGUGUUUAUAAUGAUGUAUCUCAUGUUGAUAAACUUAUUGAAUUAGAAAAAAGUGAAAUUGAUCAAGUAGUUAAAAAAGCGAAUGAAAAACGACGAUCAUCGUUAUGCUAA